AACGCAAACUGAAACUACCACUUUCCUCUUUUGCUCACUUUCUUCUUCAACAAUCACCCAAACCCUAACCCUAGCCGCUGCAACUGCUGGUAACAACAAUGGCGGAGCAUUUAGCAUCCAUAUUCGGAACCGAGAAGGACAGAGUCAACUGUCCGUUCUACUUCAAGAUCGGAGCAUGCCGCCAUGGCGAUCGAUGCUCAAGGCUCCACACCAAACCUAGCAUCAGCCCUACACUAUUACUCUCCAAUAUGUACCAGCGUCCCGAUAUGAUCACUCCUGGUGUUGAUCCGCAAGGUCAGCCACUUGAUCCGAGCAAAAUACAGGAUCACUUCGAGGACUUUUACGAAGAUCUGUUUGAAGAGUUGGGAAAAUACGGAGAGAUUGAAAGCCUAAACAUAUGUGAUAACUUGGCUGACCAUAUGGUAGGAAAUGUGUACGCACAGUUUAGGGAAGAAGAACAUGCUGCAGCUGCUCUCCAGAAUCUGAGUGGAAGGUUUUAUGCGGGUCGCCCCAUUAUUGUUGACUUUUCUCCAGUCACUGAUUUUCGUGAAGCUACAUGUAGACAAUAUGAAGAAAACGUAUGCAAUCGAGGUGGUUAUUGCAACUUCAUGCAUCUGAAAAAGAUUAACAAAGAUUUGAGGAGACAGUUAUUUGGGAGACGUAGGAGAAGUAGAAGCAGAAGCCGUAGUCCACCAAGGCACCGGAAUCACGAUGACCGCCCUUCAGGCGGCGGUCGUGGUGGCGGUGGUUACUCCGAUCACCGCCACAGUGACAGAAGCAGGAGGCCUAGAAGUAGGAGCCCAGCAAGAAGAUCUGGUCGGAGCAGAAGCCCGGACGGAAAGAGAAACCGCAGCCCAGUUAGAGAAGGCAGUGCUGAACGAAGGGCUAAGAUUGAACAAUGGAACCGAGAAAAAGAAGCAAAAUCAGCUAAUGCAACGGAUUAAAGUUGCAUCAACAAUGAUCAAUGGAGUACAGGUUGACCGGUCAAAUUUGUUUUCCUAGUUUUAUCCUGUAUACCCCUUUUAAGGAAAUUGAAUAGAGAUUACAAGGGAAGACAGAGAGGAUUACUAGCUGCUUAUUGUCUGUUCUCAUAAGUAUGAUUUUAGUUGAUAUUAAGGUGACACCGGUUUGCGAAAUUCCUGCUGCUUCUAAGUUCUAGGGCUAGGUUGGGUUUUCUCACACCGGGUUGGGUUUUUUUUCACAGAUGGGUUUAUUCGGGUUGGAUUUAUCAUAAAUGGGUGAAAUAUUUUUUUCUUAUUAAAGGGAGGCAUGUCAGAUGGGUUGAAACUAGAAAGUUGUGUGGAGUGGGCCAGUGGGGUGUGCAAACGAGCCGAGCUUGAGCUCGAUUAACUUAUGAGAGCUUGAGCUCGGUCCGUUGGUAGUUUCUCGAGCUCCGCUCAUUUAUUAUCAAUUAAAUAGUAUAUUAAAUAAAAAUAAUAGACUCGUUUAGGCUCGCGAGCUCGAUAAGUGAACUUCGGCCUCGGGCUCGGGCUCGUCUAUACUAAACAAGCUUAUUUUUAGGUUUGACAAGGGUAAAUGCUGUUAAAUAUAAAAAAGGCUAGGCUCGAUAAAUAAACGAGCUUCACUUGCUAGGCUCGAUAAAUUAACUCGGCUUGGACUCGAUAAGGCUCAGCUCGUUUCAAGCUUUUUCUCGAGCCACUCGGGUCGCUUGGCUUGUUUGCACCCCUAAGUCUAUUGUAUAAUUUGACCCGAAAAGCUUUUGUAGGUCAACCCAACCUGGCUUCACUCACUUCAAGCCAUAAUAAAUUGAACCAUUUUGACCCAUUACCCAACCCGGCCCGAUCUUGACACUUAUAUACUUUGCCUUCCCAAAACAAGAUAUUGUUAGGUUUUUAAGUUUUACAGGCCAAAUUUUCCAGCUUUUUUUUCAUCUAAAAAUGUGAUCUUACUUAAUUUACUAGUUUUGCAGGUUCAGGUAUUCUGCACAGGUCCUUAUAUUUUGCCAUUUAUUAUUAUAUUUUAUACAGGUUGUCUUCAUCUUAACCUUCGUCUUCAAGACAAGAGGAUGUAAAGAUGUCUAUUUUACCAGAGGUUUAUUUCUAUGUUUUUUUUCAUGUAUUCUGAAGAAUUUAUAGAUGUUUUUUUUUUUUCAGAAUUGUUAAAGACAUUGUAUGUUUUUUCUGUAUUUUAAUAUUGUUAAAGACAUUGUAUUUUUUUUUUUCUGCAUC